AUGUUGUUCAGCAAGUUAGUUGUUGCUUCAUUUGCGUCACUUUUGUCGAAGGUCGUAUUUGCUGACGACCUGCCAGCCGUGGAGGUAUAUGGUUCCAAAUUUUUCUACUCGAACAAUGGAUCUCAAUUCUACCUAAAGGGUAUCGCUUACCAAGCUGAUAGUGCCAACGCUACUUCUGGCUCUACCAUUGUCGACCCACUUGGUGAUUUCGACGUUUGUUCUAGAGAUAUCCCAUACAUGGAAAAGGUCGCUACUAAUGUGAUCCGUGUUUACGCUUUGAACACUUCAUUGGAUCACACCGAAUGUAUGCAAGCUUUGAACGAUGCUGGUAUCUAUGUCAUUGCCGAUUUGGCUGAACCUUCAUAUUCCAUUAACAGAGACUCUCCAAAAUGGAAUUUGGAAUUGUACGAACGUUACACUUCUGUUGUUGAUAAGUUCGCCAACUAUACCAACGUUUUGGGUUUCUUUGCUGGUAACGAAGUCACCAACAAUUCGACUAACACUGACGCCUCUCCUUUCGUUAAGGCCGCUAUCAGAGACACUAAACAAUACAUCAAAGACCAAGGGUACAGAUCCAUCCCUGUUGGUUACUCCUCCAACGAUGAUGCCGACACCAGAGUCGCCAUCGCUGACUAUUUCGCCUGUGGUGACGAUGACGUUAAGGCAGACUUUUACGGUAUCAACAUGUACGAAUGGUGUGGUACUUCCACUUUUGAAGAAUCUGGUUACGCUGACAGAACUGAUGAAUUCAAAAAUUUGACUAUUCCUGUCUUCUUCUCCGAAUACGGUUGUAUUGAAGUCAGACCAAGAAAGUUCCAAGACGUGGCUGCUUUGUAUGGUGAGAACAUGACUGAUGUGUGGUCCGGUGGUAUAGUUUACAUGUACUUCGAAGAAGAAAACAAUUACGGUCUAGUUUCUGUUGAUGGCAGUAGCGUUUCCACUUUGGCAGACUAUAGUUACUACUCCGAGGAAAUUAACAGUAUUUCUCCAACUUAUGCACAAUCUGCCUCAUACACACCUACUUCCACUUCCUUGGCUUGCCCAGCAACCGGCAGAUACUGGAAGGCCGCCACCGAUUUACCACCAACUCCAAAUGAAGACUUAUGUGAAUGUAUGUCUUCUUCUUUGACUUGUGUUGUUGCUGAUGACGUCGACUCUGAUGACUAUCAAGCUUUGUUCGAUUACAUUUGUGGUGAAAUUGAUUGUACUGCUAUCACCUCUAAUGGUACCACUGGUGAAUACGGUUCUUACUCCUUCUGUAACAGCAAAGAUCAACUUUCUUUCGUCAUGAACCUAUACUGGAUUGACCAAGAUCAAUCUUCAAGCGCAUGUGACUUUGAAGGUAAAGCUUCUUUGAAGGAUGAAGAUCCAACUGUUCAAUCUGGCUGUUCUGCUGCUUUGAGUGCUAUCGGUACCGAAGGUACUGGUACCUACACUGGCAGUGUUACCUUCACCGGUGGCUCUAGCACCUCAACUUCGACUGGUACCCGUAGCUCUAGCAGUGGCUCCUCUUCUUCAUCUUCCAACAGUUCCUCAUCAGCCAGCAGCUCAUCAGAUUCAAAAGACAGCUCCGGUGUUUACAAGACCAACGUUCCAUUGUACUCCGUAUUGACUGCCUGCGUCGUUACCAUUUUCACCGUUGCUGGUGCUGGAUUGAUAAUGAUUUGA